UCACCGGUCGCGUUGUCUCUGAUGAACCGCGUGCAUGUAAGCCGAGGGAACAACGCAAGGGAAAUGAAUGCCAACAUGCUCGUGAGAGAGCUCAGCGUCUCGUCGUCGUCGCCACUGAAUUCGAACUCGCUGUGCACAUUCGUCAGUUUAGUCUGACAAGUCCGAUGGGACAACAGAACGCGACUUGUAGCUCGCAGCAACGCAGGCGCCGCGUCGCCAUCAUCGUCGUCGUCGUCGUCUGACGUGUUGCGCGUGGUUCUUCGCCCGCGGUGUCUUGGGCAAUUGCGAAAAAUAUUUAUAAACGCGCCUUCAUCUUUCGGCAGAACGUGGCAGCGGUCCCACCUUGGAAGAAGUAUAACAUCGAUUUGGAAAAUUCUACUCUGAUUUUCGAGUUUAAUAGUGUUAUAAAAUUCCUUGUUUGUUUUUCCUGAGAGUGCAUAUCUUCAUGCUGCGUCGAAAGCAUAGAAAUGUUGUCUGUGAAUAUAAAUAAAUGAACAGCCGAAACGCGAAGUGUUGGUUGAUUUUUACGUGUUCCUUUUCCACUGUCGGUGUAUGUGAUUUGUUAUUCUGUUCUCGGCUCGUGGCGUACCAUAAAUACGGGGAAGAAAUUAAUUAGAACAGUGCGCAACACUCGGUCUAGUUUGCGAGAUUAAAAAUAAUGGAAGACGACGAUCUGCAUCAGCAUCGGUCCAUCGGUGCUCCCCGCUGUGACUUUAACCGGCUGAGCACCAUCCGGGAACGUAGCAGUGGCAGUCGCAGCAGCAGCAACAGUGAUGAUUCAGAAUUCUUCUCGGAUCUACCGCUGCCCCCGGUUCCACCAGUGAAAACGGACGAUCAACUGCCCAGAACUCCGUCCGAAGAGUUUCUCUACUCACGGAUGGUAGACUUCGACGAUGAACCUGCGGCAGCGUCCCGGGAAGAUCUCCGGUCCAUCGACAGCGGUACGACCAACACACUGCACAAAGGUUCUUGGAGCUCGGCCAGCUGCUCGGUGGACGAGGGGAUUCUCUACUUGGAUGGCGACGAUGGGGAUUUCGACGAGUGUUCGUCUGCCUACCGAGACAAAUUACCAAUCCUAAGAUCACUGUCUGCGUCACCGGAGCUGCUAUUGCAACAGCAGCAGCAGCGAAGGCGAAAACGGAGGAAAUGCCGCAGACGCAAAGCAGAUGACUCUACGUGCCGUGACGAGGAUUUCACCUGGGUUAACAACCGUUCCGAAGCACCGAAAGCUACGAUCGAUUCGGACCGUCGAUCGACUUCUCACACCACCAUCGGGGGUCGAUCAAGUCGAAGCCACACUCACGGCCAUGAACCCAGCUUAAACCGUAAUCUCCUGAGCCCGGUGCUGGCUCAACCGGGAGCUCUCGGCUGUGGCAAACCUCCUCGCCCCAUGACGGGUAGUCUGGAUAGAAGACGCCAUCUAGGAGCGAAUCGCCACGAGCGGGACUCCAAAAGUCGAAGCACCCACUCGCUCAAAGACAAGUUCUCUUCCUCCGAACUCCAACAACAGGACUCCCACUCCAGCAAUCUGAGCUUGAACUCCAAAGGUAAAUCCUCCAGCAAGCGAUCGACCAGUGCGAAAGGAUCGAAUGAUAAACUUUGGAAUUUUCAAGAACACCACAAUGACUCCGGAAUCUACCACAACUACAACAGCAGUGGAAGUAGCCAUCACCACCACCACAACAACCACAACAACAACAACAACAACAUCAAUAACAAUGGUCAAAGGCAGAGCCCGGGGAUAUGGGAACCUCCACCGCCACCACCAGUUUCUCACUGGGAUCCGCACUACUACUGGAACUGGAACAACCACCACCAGAGCCGAGAGGAGCUGCGGCUGAUCGACUACCACCGCCGACAACAGGCGGAACUGUAUCGCUACGGCAGCAACGGAGCCCUUAGCAGCACCCAGGACUUAUCGUGCUCCAGUGGAUGCUGCAAUCGUGCUUACUACCCACCACAGCCACCGCCCUGUUGCUCUUGCGAGCACAGCCGACCCAUGUGGGGCAAGGACUGUCAGGUUGGCACUAUUAGACGUCAGGACACGGACGAGCGACUGCGCCGGUUGCAAUCGGACAAGGAAGCCAUGGCCCUGCAGGUCAAGGUACUGACCGAGCAGGUCCAGACGCAGGGCACCAAGAUCGCCGAUCUGGAGCGGACCGUCAGCGAGAAGAACCAGCUGCUCUCGAAUGCGGACGACCUACUGCAGCGAGUAAGCCAAUUUGCCAAAACCGUUGGCAUCCAGAUUGACAAACAGAAAGAAAUGCUCUCCCGAUCGUCACUGGAAACGCAAAAAUUGGAGCUAAUGUCCGCCAUGAGUGAACUGAAGCUGCAGCAAGCCGCCUUGGAACGGGAAAACCUGGAGCUGCGAUCUAGUCUGAUCAACGGAACCCCCCUCAGCAAUGGCAACCACCUGAACGGGGGCAUCCUCAAUAGCAAUACCCUGAACAACAACAACAACAGCAACAGCAUUGCAGCUAGUCUUCUGCGACGGACCGGUCGAAUGGUAACGUCCACUCCGGGCAACUCAAUCAACUCGUCUCCGCUGCAUCACGGUAGCCACGGUAGUCUACCGCAACAGCAAACGGCCACCUCACCUAGUCCCGUUACACCAAAAACGCCCCCCGCGUCCUACCGGCAGCGGGUGGACCUACACUACAGCAGUCUUCCACGGCAAGCCUUUGCCACAACGCUAUCGACGGCCAGUGGUUCCAGUGCGGGCAGUUCCGGCGGCACCGACGCCAACGCCAACCUGAAGCGCAACGUAGCAUUCGCUAAAACUCUGGUCACCGGUGCCAAUGGCGCGCCACCGAACCGACCUGCGGCUGUAAAUAUGUCUGCAUCGAUGAAUGCCCUCUCGCUGUCCGCUGCGCUUGGUCAGUCCAAUUUAAAAUCGCUGAAACAGACGUCCGCUUCGGCGCAGAACAUCUACUGUUCGGUGGAGCCAUAUGCUCCUUCCGGGAUGAUCGAAUCCAAAUCCGAUCGAUUGAUCGAUUUCGAGCAGGACCAUUCGGAAAGGGCUACCACGGAACCGCCCCCGGGCGGGCCGGCGGACAGUUCCACGAAUUCCACUCCAAAGCUGGCCGCCGCCAGCAGUCCCAUUUUGGAUCGAGAGUUCCACCAGCGAUCCAAAUCGCAGCCACAGCCUUUCUCCGUUUCCGCCGAUCCACUGCAGACGAUGCUGAUUGGGGAGAUUCGUGGAUUUUCCGUGCCAAAUCUAGCCGACUCGGAAACCCUGUCGAACGAUCGCCUGGAUGGGCAAGCUAGUCAACGUAGCUACACGCCGCAGCCUUCGCCGUCGCCGUCGAUGAGUCACAAAAAUCUGAAAGGUUUGAGGAACAUCUUCGGUAAGAUCAAACGAAGCAACAGCGGUACGCUGGAGGACGUCGACCCGGGAGAGUUCAAACGAGGUGGGGUCCGUGCGACGGCCGGAGCAAGGUUGGGAUGGAGUUCAGAGUUCCGACGACCGGAUAAGCCUUUUAAGGAGUGGGACCUGGAAGUACUGUGCCAGUGGUUCGAGCAGAUGGGACUCAGUAUGUACGAGGAAGAGCUUAGACGAUGGCUGAAGGUUGGUGGAGCGCCCGAACUGGUCCGAGCGUCACCCGUGGAUAUUGAAAAGGAGUUGAACCUGAAGAAUCCACUGCACAGGAAGAAGAUCGUGCUGGCGAUCGCCGACCUAACCGAAACCGUCGAUGCGGAUGUGUUGCUCAAGAAUGCGGGCAAACUGGAUACGCCUUGGAUUAUUCGAUGGCUGGAGGAUGUAGGACUGCCGCAGUACAAGGAUAGCUUUAUGGCAGCCAGGAUGGAUGGUCGCAUGCUGCACAAGCUUACUAUGGAUGAUCUAGUCACUUUGCACGUGUCUUCCUGUGUGCAUGUCGCCAGCUUACGGCGAGGCAUUCAGCUGCUGCGGGAGCAAAAAUGGAAUCCGGAUUGCUUCAUUCGACGAUCGAUGGCCGAUGAGGGCAGUGGUACCAAAGAAGACGUUCGGUUGUGGACUUGCUAUCGGGUUAUGGAAUGGCUCCGGGCGGUGGACUUGUCCGAGUACUCACCGAACCUGCGGGGUACUGGUGUCCACGGUGCCCUAAUGAUGUUUGAGGUGAAAUUCACCGCCGAACUGCUAGCCGAACUGCUUAGCAUCCCACCGAGCAAGACACUGCUCCGGAGGCAUCUGGCAACGCAUUUCAAGGAACUCCUGGGAAGAGACAUCAUCCAAGUGAAACGAGACGCAGAGAAUACGCUCGGAUUCCAACCGCUGACGUUGGCUGCCAAAAUCAAGACCCCAAAGAAGUCGCAGUUUUCGCUGAAGCGCAAGAAGAGCUCCAAGGGCGGGGACGAGUGGAGCGACUACGUCUGCCCGAUGGGUGGUGACUCAGGUCAGGAACAUCUUCCUCCCCAGCAACAACAGCAACAAUCAUCAUCGCAUCAAUCACUGUCCACUGCAUCCUCUUCCUCCUCCUCGGUCGCGGCGGCAGCGGCUGCGAGCUCUGCCGACACUUCCGUUGUUACUACUACCAGUGCCACUAGUGCCAGCAACUACCAGCAGCACAAUCAGCAUAGCUACAACUCACAUGCUUCUCCCUACCGCGCUAACACUAAUCCUGUCACUAGCAAUGCAAGCGUGGCUACGACGAAGACUCAAUUCAGUACCUACCCGGACAGCACCAUCAGCAGCAACAGCAGCAGCACAACAACCACGACCUCCGGAGUCGGGUCCGAAGUUGCUUCACAUCAACAACUGCUGAGUAAUGCCUCCUCCAGCAACAGCAACAGCAUCAACAACAAUAAUAAUAACAACAACAACAACGUCGGUUCCGAUUCGCCCACCUCGACGCGCAGCUCAACGACGUCCACAUCCUAG